AUGCCUGUGAACCACUUGGACGGCCUCCGGCGCAGCAGAGCAGGCGCAAGAGGCGCAGUGACCCGCGUCGUCAAUCGUCUGCGAGAUUGUCCUAGCGCAGAGGUCACAGCCGAGGGCAUUGAAGUGGACCUCGACUUCUUGGUCGCACGAAAGGCCGCGCUUCACGACUUGGACCUCCAGAUCUUGGCGCUCACGGAGGAUGACAAGUACGACGACGAGGUGCAAGGCAUACUCGACUCGGUAACGGUGGCAGCUCUGGGCGCCCCCACGGUCGCGCAGGGCGACGCGGCGCGGAGCUGCCCAACGAGCCGAGCUGUAUCGUUGCCGAAGCUACAAAUACCGAAGUUUGGGGGCAAGUUGCAAGACUGGGCCCGCUUUUGGGAGCACUUUCAGGCGACUGUCCACGACAACCGUUCAUUGGCCACGGUGGAGAAGUUUAAAUACCUUCUAUGCUACGUCACCGACGACGCCAAGCGUACCAUCGACGGGAUCAGCCUAAGCGGUGCCAACUACAACUUGGCGGUCGAAGCUCUAAAGCAACGCUUCGGUCGCACAGAUCUUCUCGCAGCAUAUCGAUAA